AUUAUAUGAUCAAACUAUUCAUACACAUUUCUUCUAAGUUAUAACAAGCAUUAUUUAUUCUCUAUGGCGAACAAGAAUGAAGAUAUUUGUAAAGAUUACUUCGAAUUAAAGCCACAAGAAGCUAGUUACUUCGAUUUUAUUCGAAUUUUUUAUUCUAAUAAUUUAGAUAAACGUAUUUUCUUCAAUGUAUCGACCGGAGUUGCAACGACGAUCAGAGGUUUUCGCCGUCGAUGGCUUAUUUUUAUCUCCAUGGUCAUGCAGAGAUUGUUAUUUUUGUUCAAAAAUCCCAUGGCUAAUUUAGGUUCUUUUGUAGAGCUCUUGCAGAAUUAUCCUUCUUUUAAUGGUGGUUUUCUUCAACUUUUCUUGAAUAUAUUACGAGGAAAAGUUGUAAGGCCGGAAAAGUCAUCGGAAAAGUUCAUGUCGAUGAUUGGAAAUCUUGAUAUGAGAGUGGAAUUAGACAAGACAAUAAAAUUUGGGGACAGAAGAUAUAGUCCACACAUAUCAAUUAUGGCUGCUAAAUUAUCUUAUGAAAAUGAAGCAGUAAAUAGGACAGUAAUUCAACAUCAUUGGCAGAUGCACUUCUUGGGGUUGUACAAUUUCUGGAAUGCUUACGAGGAACAAAAUUCAACCCAAGCCAUAAUGUUUCAAGACAAAAUUGAAGAUCCAAAUUUAAUUGUGGUAGCAUUUAGAGGAACAAAUCCAUUUUAUGCAAAUGCAUGGAUUACAGAUAUUGACCUAUCAUGGUAUGAUCUUGAAGGCCUAGGUAAAAUCCACGCAGGGUUCAUGAAAGCCCUAGGAUUACAAAAGCCCAUAGGUUGGCCCAAAGAUAUAGAAGCCCAACAACAAAAUAAUAGUAGUAAAGUAUUUGCAUAUUACAAAAUUAGAGAAGUUUUGAAGAAAAUAUUGGGAAAAAAUGAGAAAGCAAAGUUUAUAGUAACAGGACAUAGCUUAGGUGGUGCAUUAGCAAUUUUGUUUGCAAGUGUGUUAAUAUUGCAUGAAGAAGAGUGGUUAUUAGAUAAAUUGGAAGGAGUUUACACAUUUGGACAACCAAGAGUUGGUGAUGAAAAUUUUGGGAAAUUCAUGAUGGAGAAAUUGAAGAAAUUUGAUGUGAAGUAUUUUAGGUAUGUUUAUUGCAAUGAUAUGGUGCCAAGAUUGCCUUAUGAUGAUAAGACUCUCUUCUUCAAGCAUUUUGGAUCAUGUCUAUUCUACAAUAGCCUCUACGAUGGUCAGGUUUUGGAGGAAGAACCAAACAAGAAUUACUUUUCAUUAUUCUGGGUUUUACCAAAGGUGCUAAAUGCUGUUUUUGAGCUAAUUAGGGGUUUUAUUCUCCCUUGGAUUAAGGGAAGUGAUUACAAACAAAGCUGGUCUGAGAUAAUUUUUCGAAUGGUGGGAUUAAUAAUUCCGGGAUUAUCGGCUCAUGGUCCAGUAGAUUAUGUUAAUCUUACUCGAUUAGGAACUAUUCUUCAUCUUCCUCAAUUACAAGAAAGUCUUAAACAUGAUUAACUUGUAAUUAAAUUUGUUCAUUUUACUAGCUUAGGAUGAUGUAUAAGUUGUGAUAUUUGUUGUAGCCAUUAGCUUUUACAAAAUUCACAUGUAUUUACCAAAUUGUGACAUUAAUUUAAGUUUAGAAAGAAUAUAAGUAUUUUUGAACAAUUUUGUAUGAUUCAUGAAAGAUCUCAUCGCUUAAGUGAAUCACUUAAAUUCUGAUGAGCGAUUACACUUUCUUCAAAGGAUGACACUAUACAUCUACUCGAAA